AUGAGCUACAACCCGAGACCAUUGCUUCAAAAUGCAUUGGUUAGACCAUCAUAUCCACCACCACAACCUCAUUACCAACACUCGCAACCACAUUAUCAACCCAAACCACACCCUCCACAUCACCAACAACCUCCUCAAUCCCAACCAAGUCGCUCCAUAAUAUCUCUUGAAGACAUUGUCAAAUCCUUAGCCACUAGUACCCAACAAUUCCAGAAAGAGACAAGAACUAGUAUCUCCAACCUUGAAGCACAAAUGGGAGAUAUAGUUACAUCCAUAAGCAAUGUGGAGUCCCGUGGAAAGUUGCCUUCUCAAACCGAAAAGAACCCAAAUGUCAAUGUGGUGACCUUGAGAAGUGGCAAACAAAUCAGAGAGAGUAGUUCGAAGAAGAAGCCAAGGGAUGAAGAGGAAGAAAUAGAAGUUAUUCCCAUAGAAGAAUCUAUAAUCAAGGAUGAUGCACAAGUCGGAGUUCCAAGGAAGACUACCCCUAUAGUAACUCUAAUAGCCAUUCGAUCGUCGUUCCCCUCUCGACUUGCAACUUCAAAGAAGAAAAUGGAGGAGAAAGAGAUUUUGGACACCUUUCGAAAGGUGGAAGUAAAUAUCCCUCUACUUGAUGCAAUCAAGCAAAUCCCUAGGUAUGAAAAGUUUUUGAAAGAACUUUGUACCAAUAAGAGCAAGUUGAAGGGAAAUGAGAAAAUUUUUAUCAAUGAAAACGCAUCUGCGGUUUUGUACAGGAAGCUUCCACCUAAGUGUAAAGAUUCAGGAAUGUUUACGGUUCCUUGCAAGAUAGGAGAUGUCACUUUUAGUAGUGCUAUGCUUGACCUUGGUGCUUCUAUUAAUGUCAUGUACUAUUCGGUGUAUGAAUCAUUGAAUGUUGGUCCUCUAAGUGAAACUGGUGUCAUAAUCUCUCUUGUGGAUAAAUCAAGUGUCUUUCCUAGAGGUAUUUUGGAAGAUGUCUUGGAAGUGAACCAAUUAGUCUUCCCGGAGGAUUUCUAUGUGAUUGAUGUAUAUGAACAAGUGUCCUCCAAGUCGGGUAUAAUUUUACCUUGGAGACCAUUCUUGAAGACGGCUAGAACAAAGAUUGUUGUAUAUGCAGGAAACUUAACGAUAGAGUUUGAUGGGGAAACAAUAAGUUUUAACAUCUAUGAUGCUAUGAGAUACCCUAUUGAUGUUUCAUGA